ACUGUUCAUUCACAGAUGAAGACAUUAAUAUUCUUGGCGGCAUAAGAACAUCCUCAUAAAACCCCCUCGAGUGUGCGGUGGAUGUUUAGAUACUUUAUCGAUAUGGCUCACAGCGACACAGCUCCAAACUUCGUGGUGGAUACCGGAGAGACUCGGGUUACAGUGUAUAUGGGUUUCGUGAGCUUCAUGAUUCUCAUUUGGGAACAUAUCAUUACGUUUGGAGAUGAAGUCGAGUACAUUUGGAAGGGCAGGAAAAGUUUCAUUGUUUGGCUAUUCUUCCUCAAUCGUUACCUCACGCCUCUGGGCUUUAUCAUUAACCUCUUCGCUUAUCUCUCACCGUCAUGGACCCAAGAGGUACGUCAGGACAUCAUUCUGACGUUUUACACCAUCUCAUGUCCUAUUUUAUGCGAGAGAUUCGUCCGAUAUGAGGGUAGUAUGACUGUAAUCGGAUUGAAUACAACCGCUAUCAUGAUGUUCCUUCGCGUGUAUGCCCUCUACCCUACUCGUUAUGUCGUACUAGCUAUCGUGGGUAUAGUGUUCUGCGCUGAACUGGCCGUCAACGCCUGGCUGCUCUCACACGGGCAAGCUGUAAUCCACGACUCUCGAAUCCAUGCUUGCACUAUGAUAUUUGACCCCUCACUCGGUGACAUUGCAUCCGCGUCUGCCUGGUUACCCUUGCUCUACGAUACCAUUGUCCUUGCUUUCAUUCUCAAACGCACCUUGCAACCCGUGCGCCGGCGUGCUGCGGGAAAAAUAAUGACAGUUCUACUUCGAGACGGCUUGUUAUAUUACAGUGUUAUCUUCUCUAUUAAUCUCGUCCUCACGCUCAUGAUCGCCCUUGCGCCUCCUGGCAUUCAAAAUAUCACGGCCCAGUUAGAAUAUUUAUUGACAGUGGCGAUGAUGUCGCGUAUUACGCUCCACCUCAAGAAACAGGGUCGAAUGAACGGAAUGAUAUCAGACGUCAAGAGAAACUCUGUACCCUCUAAUGUGCAUCACUCGCAUCUCCGUUUCGCUCGUUCGCAUCACGGUGUCACCAGCACUGUCAAUCCUGAAGUUACGGUCACUAUUGAAGAACUUGUCACUCACGACGAUGGCUCUGCGUCUCUAGAUAAUAGCGAUCGUCCAGGCAGUAUUGGUCAGCAAAGCAAGAGAGUAGAGUGGCAUGAGAUGGAAAACAUGAAUCGAGGUCCGAAUCCUGUGGUAUAAUUUGUAUUUGCUAUUCGCUAUCAGACCAUUCGCUUCGUCUAGUGUACUUAUACCCUUAUCUGUCGCUGUACUACUUACUAUUCGAUGUAAGAUACGUACAGGCUUCCGUUCACACGUUCCAACUGGUUGGUUUCCUUCUCUCCAUGUUGAUGUUUCGCCCG